AUGGGAGAUGUUAGCCAGCAUCACGACAUCAGCGAUAUAGGCGAGGUGGAUCGUCAACUCAAGCUCAAAUCGGGCGCGUUGAGCUCAAUGCGCUACCAAGCUGUGUUUUCAUUUUGUGGUCGUUUGCGUCAGCUUGCUCUUGUCUCAAUCGCUGCCAUGGGACUCGUGCCGCUGGCACUUCAAGUCAUUUUGGUCCCACAAAGUGUCUUUGGAGACGGACAUGGAGACAGAUAUGAACAAUUAUCCUACUUCGCAUUUGAAAACGAUCAUUACCAAGUUCUUGCACCUCGUCAUUUGGAUUGUAGUGAUUUUCAAACGAAGCUAUUUAAUGGAUCAACUCCGACACCAACGACAGACCUCGCACGUGCUGUACCUCAGUCGAUCUUUGAAUCAGUACGUACGCUUGUAGUGAAUCAAACAACAGGGGACCACGCCACUAUGCUUUCGGUAUCUACAGAUAUUCUUGGGAUUCCCGCAGACAAGAGCGUGUGCUUCGGUGGCGUUGAUGCUGAGGGUGCAGUGCAGGUUGAAGCUUUGCUAAGCAGUAAGGACUCCGCAUCUUUCGGGGUAGACUCUUCGUGCUUUGAUACUUCUGUUGCUCAUCUGCGCAUUCGUCUACAAUCAACUGAGUUCUAUGUCCCCGAUACGAUGGGAGAGCUUAAUCCGUCUCGAAUGUCGGGUGGAAUGUUGAUCGCGUCUCUAGUUGACGCAAGUCUAAGUCCGAUUGAAAGUGUGUGCUACAAGGCAACACGUGUGGAACGGAGUGUGGCUACACAAGGCAAUUCGCAGUAUCUACGUCUUGUGUCGGCAUAUUCGAAGCGGCUAAUUGUGCGUGAAAGUUGUGCUGACUUGACGUUGUUCGGUGGAAAACGAGAUAAGUUGGGGUGUGCGUAUUCAGCCCUCGGGACGUCUGGUGGUGUAGCCGAUCUGAACUCAAAUGGAGCAGACCGCACUUACUCAUUUCCUGCACCCUGGCGCAUGAUUCAAUGCAGCCUUUCAGGCGAAUGCAGCUCUCUAUUGUUUACACAGAUAUGGUUAUCGGAGUGGACAGUAGAAAGCACCACAACAGGCGAGGUAUUGCGUCACAACUUUAUAAAUCACAAGGUGAACGAAGUGACUGUCGACAGUACUUUCAGUAUUCGACUAUUGAUUAGCCUACAAGUUCUAGCUCUCGUCGUGACAGCGUACUUGACAAGCAUGCGCGGAUGGUACAAGAUCCGUUGCGCCUUUGUAUCUCCAUGGGCUCGAACAAUGAAUGCAACAACGUCGUGCACCAUUGCAAAGGUCGUACGUAGCAGCUAUAACUUCAUUCUAGUUGCUCAAAUGGUUUUGGGAAUGGUUCAAUGGCGGAAACAGUUGACCAUUGAUUUGCUUGUUGGGGGCGAUACGAAUGAGGCUGUGCUUCGCGCGUUUGGUUGCGGUACACUAGUGGUAGUUCUUGCGAUUAACAUUGUUUUUGCCCGUGCUGGAGAUUUGAAAAUGCAAGAAAUGGAGCCGAGCUUUGCGCAUGUUGUGGGAUUUUUAUCAUCGAUUAUUCUUUUCGCAAUCAGUCGAACGAGCGCUUUAUCUGUGUCAACACGAUCACUUCUUGCGAAGGGUAUGUCUUCUGUAGCCGCAAGCGACGUGACCAAGUAUUCCGGCUGUCGCGGCUCGUCUGUUUGCGCCCAAGAAGUCUCAUUAAGCGCUUAUACUGCCAUUCUUGUUAUCAUUAUUGUCGUCUCAUCCUUCGUAGGACUGACUGCACAUGCCUCGGUACAAGCUCUCGUUCACAAAGCGCCAAAAGUCGGAGUAAGUACUCACAAGUCGUACCACGUCGGAUCAUCAAGUCAUACCACGUCGGAUCACCAAGAUACCACCCCAGAAGUCAACUCGUUUACAAGAUUUCUGGAUGAUCGGUCUUGCAAUACGUCUCUGUACGACAGUUGUACGGAAGUGUAUGUACAGAUGCCUGGAGAGGCGCUUCUUUCAACGCGAGCUCAGCUGGAAGCAUGUGGGUUUGUACUGUCGACUUCGAUCCUCUUUCGAUACCGAGACCUCCCUUUGUUUCUUGUUGCUCGUAUUUUACCCGUUGAAGUCUUAAACUUUUUCAACUUGACGGUGACUACGUAUGAGCUUAUUCACACGAAUAAGACGCUGAAUGGCGUUUCGAUCGGACUUGUUGCGGAUCAAGUUAUCCACACACAUUGGUCCAAGUUAAAAGAGGGAAGACUCGAUUGGUUGGAUUUGUACAUCGGCGGCAAUGGCGAAACUCCCUACCGAUCUUCAAGAGAUUCUAUGAAACGCCAAAUUGUUCAUAAGCAAAGCUGA